AUGGUUCUCGCAGCUCCUUUCAAUGUUCGUAUAAUUCGGUCUACCGCUGGCCCCCUAUAUGUGCCCGUAACUUCCCAAACUACGAUACUUGAGAUCAAGAGAAAGGUAUUCGAAGACGGUGCAAUUCCUCCCAAUAACCAAAGGUUGGUGUGGGAGGGAAAAAACCUGGGCGAUGAUGACGCAACGCUCGAAAGCUAUGGCAUCACCACUGAAGUAGAUAUAUACGUCGAAUUUAUCUAG